AUGAGCCUGUUGAGAGAUGAGGCCUUGGCCAUCUGCUCUUUGGAGUAUCUGCCCAUGGAGCUCUAUCCACCACUAUUCAUGGCCGCCUUCUCUCUCAGACGCAGUGAGACCCUGAUGGCCAUGGUACAAGCCUGGCCCUUUGGCCGCCUGCCUCUAGGGGGUCUGAUGAAGAGGCCUCACCAAGAAACCUUAGAAGCAGUGCUGGAUGGACUUGAUGUCCUGCUGGCCCAGGAGGUUCACUCCAGGAAGAGCAAAUUGCGGGUGCUGGACUUGAGAAAUACUGGCCAGGACUUCUGGAACAUGUGGUCUGGAGACAAGUACCAUGAGUCCUCAAGUUCACUGAUGGCAUUAAUGGCUAAGGACAUGUCAGGGACAAAGCACCCUUUGGCUCCCUUGGAGGUGUAUGUAGAUCUUUGUCUCAAGGAAAAGACCUGGGGCAAAUUUAUCACCUACCUCUUCAGGUGGGUGGAGCAGCGGAAGGGGUCCAUACACUUGUGCUGUAAGAAGAUGAAGAUUAUUUCAAGGUCCAAGGAAACUAUUAAGAAAGUUUUCCGAAUAGUGAAGCUGGAUUGUAUCCAGGAGGUGGAAUUGAAUUUCACCCAGAAGCUGUCCACCUUGGCCAAGUUUGCUUCUCUCCUGGGCAAGAUGAGCAAUGUUCAGAGGCUCCUUCUCUCCCCGAUUCAUGGGUCUGCUGUUGAGGAACAGGACCAGCAGGCUCUUCUGCGAUUUACCUCUCAGAUCCUCAGGCUGCAGCACCUCCGCUAUCUCCGUAUGGAAGGUCCAUCUUUCCUCGAAGGCCACCUGAACCAGAUGCUCAGAUGCCUGAAGAUCCCCUUGUACAACAUCUCAAUAACCAACUGCCAACUUACAGAAUCAGACUUGACCCAUCUGUCCCAGUGUCCAGAAAUCUGUCAGCUAAGGGGCCUGAAUCUGAGUGGUGUUACCCUGACCAACUUUCAUCCCAAGCUCAUCCAAGGUCUGCUGGAGAAAGUUGCAGACACUGUUGAAGAGCUGAACUUAAAUGUGUGUGGGAUCAUGGACUCCCUCCUCACAGCCCUUCUGCCUGCCCUGAGCUGCUGCUCCCAGCUCAGGGUCCUCAGCAUGUGUGGAAACCUCAUCUCCAUGGCCGUUCUGGAGAGUCUCCUGCGUCAUACUCAUGGGUUGUCUGCUUUGCGUCUAGAGUUUUAUCCUGCCCCUCGGGAGAGUUACAGCUCUCUGGGCUGCCUGGACCAGAUGCUCAGAUGCCUGAGGACCCCCUUGGACCACCUGGCAAUAACUAAGUGCUGGCUUACAGAAUCAGACCUGACCCAUCUGUCCCAGUGCCCAGACCUUCUUCAGCUCAAAGGCCUGGAUCUGAGCGGUGUCACCAUGAUCAACUUUAGUACUGAGAUCCUCCACGUUCUUCCAAAGCAAGUUGCAGCCACCCUCCAGGAACUGAACUUAGAGCAGUGUGGGAUCACAGAGUCCCAACUUGAGUCCAUCCUGCCUGUUCUGAGCUGCUGUUCCCAGCUCAGAUCCUUCAGUCUAUGA